AUGAAACCCCUAGUGGUGCCGUUUGCGUACCCCGACCCUAAUGGGAACGCGUACUCCUGCGAAGAGCUUGAAGAACGGGCACUACGUCGCUAUUGCUUUUGGGAUGCGCCCACCACUGUCGAAUGGUUUCAGGCUCGCGGAUAUACCCUCUACAAAAGAUUCAGUUUGGAUCCAAAAGACCAAACCAGUCCAGACCCUUCGUGGACGGCACCUCGAAUUGAAAGUAGGUGCGAAAGUAACGGUCAAUAUCCCUAUGCAUUUUACGACAACUUCAAGAUGGAAGAGGACGAGCCUGAUUUGGCCGCCGUCGAGGAAUCGGGCUCCGUCGUGUUUGCUCAAGAUCAGCAAGGCCACCAGGUUGCAAUAAAGCUGGUCCCAAAUGACUCGGAUGAAAUUCGAAUUUACCGGCUCAUCUACGCUCAGGACAUCGAAACCCUCAAGGAACGUUGUAUUCUUCCUGUCCUGAACAUUUUAUCCUCGACGACCCACAGCUUUGUAGUGAUGCCUCGCUGGGGCGCUUACCCCAUCGACCCAGCCCUUGCUUCAUUGUCGGAACUUGUUGAGUUUAUACAUUGUCUGCUCAAGGGCUUGGUAUUUCUUCAUAAGAAUAAUAUUGCUCACAGGGACAUUUCGUUCCGAAAUAUUGUCAUGAAUCACUUCUCAAGCCAACCAAGCAUGUACGCAAACGAGGCGCGAAGGAAACUCCGGGGAGACAAACUGGCUUCGUACGCCAUUAUUGAUUACAACAUCUCCGUGAUAGCACCUGAGGGAGUCGAGCGGUCAAAAUUCCUGCUACCUGCUGAAUUGUCGAGGGAUAGUGCGAAUGGGGUCCCUGACACUGAGCAGGGUGAGCUAGACUACGAUCCAUUUGCAUGGGACGUGGGUACCUUAGGAGCUAUCCUGUCCACUCAAUACCAGUACUUCUGCGGAGACCUGCCGUUACUGGCUCCCUUACUUGAUUCAAUGACCACUAGGGACGUCUCCCGAAGGUUUACCGCAGCUCAGGCGCUCGAAUUCUUCGAAACGGAAGUCUCUUUGCUGGACAAGGACGCGCUGUUGACGCCUAUCCGUAUGCCCAAUUACAGAAAGCACCACGAGGUGUAUGAUCGGUGGAAGGACAUCCCUGAGCCGCUGGCUAUCAAGUGGAGGGACUAUCGGUGCGCAAAGAUCACUCGCUGGACUUAUUUCCUGAGGUGGAUGUGUGUGGGGAAUGGGAGAGGGGAGAAGUUGGUCAUGACCAUACGUAGGGCAGCUCGGCUUGUGUUCUGGCUUUUGGAGCCAGAUAGACAACGGUUGCUCUGA